AGAAAUGCGUGAAAUUCUAGAUAGAGUUGGCUAUAGUUUGGACUAAUAUUCGCGUUGGUAGCUACCACGCUAGCCAAUAUUAACAUUAGCUUUGUUUUGAGUUAGGCUAUUAGCCUUAGUUAUCAAGUUAUGUUUUUUCUGAUGAUUCGUCCAAUGUGCAAUACUACACAUUGAACGACGCGAUGUUAUAGAUGUAACAUAGUACGAUAAGAUGGCUGAGACAGACGUUGAUAAUGAACUUUUGGACUAUGAGGAGGACGAGGAGCCCCAGGGAGCCCCAGAGAGUGGAACCCCAGCAACCAAGAAGGAAGUGAAGGGAUCAUACGUAUCCAUUCACAGCUCAGGGUUCAGAGACUUUCUCCUUAAACCCGAGCUUCUCCGUGCAAUUGUUGACUGUGGUUUUGAGCAUCCUUCAGAAGUCCAACAUGAGUGUAUUCCACAAGCUAUCCUGGGCAUGGACAUCCUGUGUCAGGCCAAGUCUGGAAUGGGAAAGACAGCCGUGUUUGUCCUGGCCACGCUGCAACAGAUCGAACCUGUAGAUGGUCAGGUAUCGGUCCUUGUAAUGUGCCACACGAGAGAGUUGGCCUUCCAGAUCAGCAAAGAGUACGAACGCUUCUCCAAAUACAUGCCCACUGUCAAGGUGUCAGUGUUCUUUGGUGGCCUGGCCAUCAAGAAGGACGAGGAAGUCUUGAAGAAGAACUGUCCUCACAUUGUCGUUGGAACUCCAGGACGUACCCUGGCCCUCAUCCGCAACAAGACCCUCAACGUGAAGAACAUCAAACACUUUGUGCUGGACGAGUGUGAUAGGAUGCUGGAGCAGCUGGACAUGCGGCGUGACGUCCAGGAAAUCUUUAGGGUGACACCCCAUGAGAAACAGGUUAUGAUGUUCAGCGCCACGCUAAGCAAAGACAUCCGCCCCGUCUGCCGCAAAUUCAUGCAGGACCCCAUGGAAGUCUUUGUGGAUGACGAAACCAAGCUGACACUCCACGGCUUACAACAGUAUUACUGCAAGUUGAAGGAUAGCGAGAAGAACCGAAAGCUGUUCGACCUGCUCGAUGUACUCGAGUUCAACCAGGUGGUGAUCUUUGUGAAGUCGGUGCAUCGCUGUGUGGCUCUGUCACAGCUGCUGGUGGAACAAAAUUUCCCUGCCAUCGCCAUCCACAGGGGCAUGGCACAGGAAGAGCGGUUAUCCCGAUACCAGCAGUUUAAAGACUUCCAGCGACGAAUCCUGGUUGCCACCAACCUGUUUGGCCGAGGCAUGGACAUCGAGCGAGUCAACAUUGUGUUCAACUACGACAUGCCAGAGGAUUCUGACACAUACCUUCACAGAGUGGCCCGUGCUGGCAGGUUUGGGACCAAAGGCCUUGCCGUCACCUUUGUGUCUGAUGAGGUUGAUGCAAAGACCCUGAACGACAUCCAGGACCGCUUUGAGGUCAACGUAGCAGAGCUACCAGAGGAGAUUGAUAUCUCCUCCUACAUUGAACAGUCCAGAUGAGUCUGAGGUGUCUUUUCAGUGGAGAACGUGUGACCCGUCGUGUUUCCGUAUUUUGGUGAAGAAAAAAAAACCCCCAUUUAUUUUAAAGUCCCCUAUAUGAACAUAUUUGUUGGAAAGUUCAUAAUGAUAAAAGCCUUUUUGUUCUUUGCAGGGUGUGUUUUUAAUGUUUCAUGUUAAAACAUGGAUAUAUUGUUUUGGUUGAUGAAAUAAACUUUUUUAUACCUUA